AUGUGCCCACCGGACCGGGCGUCCGGCCCAGACUUCCACCCUCAGGGCCACGGCGCGCGGAGGGCUCAGUCCCCGUGGCUGGGCCGACCAGUGGCUCCGGCUUUCCCCGUGUCUCCGGCCUCGGUGCCCGGAAUCCCGGGAUCUCGGCCUGGCGCUGGGAAAGCAAGAAAGCCCCGCGCUUCAGCAGGGACCUGA